CAAUUCUAUUCUGUGUCUUAUAGUCUUUGAAAAUGAAUUGCGCUAUUUUUAUUUUCUUCGUUUUUCCCGCUGCUCUUUCAGAAGAUGUCAUUCGGCUUGUACAGCCGCCUGAUGCAACGUACGUGGGCCAAGGUCGAGUGGAAGUACAGCACCAAGGGACCUGGGGCACAAUUUGUGAUGAUGAAUGGUCGUUUGAGGACGCUACUGUAGUGUGUGAGCAGAUGGGCUUCCUUAAAGCAAUUUAUCAGGCAAAGCGAGCAAAGUUUGGCCAAGGGACUGGACCCGUGUGGCUGAGUAAGAUGAUGUGCACAGGAAGGGAAAAGUCUCUUACAGACUGCCCCCAUCAGGGGUGGGGUGAGAACAGUUGUGGCCAUGAGCGGGAUGCCGGUGUCAGCUGCUUGCAAGAAGGCCUUCCAGAAAUCCUUGAGGUCGGGUGUUACCGUGACGCCCAAGAAGAUAGGGCCUUAAACAACAUGUAUGCCUCCCUCCGAGGAAAUAUCGAUUGGCACAACUUACGAUCGCUGGUGACGAGGUGUGCAGAGCGUGCGUUCGAGCUUGGUUAUCGGUAUUUCGGGGUGCAGUUUUAUGGAGAGUGCUGGGGGGACGACCGCCCUCGGCCAACGUAUGAUAAACACGGUGCCGGUAAAGGUUGUACUGACGGUGUUGGCGAUGAAAUUCACAACUUUGUUUAUCGUUUCGCACCGUGGCGGGACCUUGGCUGUUGGAGAGACACUGGUGAUGGUCGCACCAUGACAAUGCUGGAGAAUUUUCGGGGACAAAUCGACUGGUUCCACCUGGAGAAAACAGUCGAGAAGUGUUACGAAGCUGCCAAAAAGAAAAACAAGAAAUACUUCGCCAUCCAGUUUUACGGCGAGUGUUGGGUGUCUGACACAGAAUCUUACAAGGUACACGGUCCGUCCACUAAUUGCUGGAACGGAGUCGGAAGGGACUAUGAUAACUACGUGUACGAGGUGCUUUUUUAAUCACAGUAUCAGUCGCACUUUGGAAAGAUGGGAAAGACGACAAGGAGAUCUAACUACACAAGGCGGUUAUGCUGUGUAUAUUGGCUCUAAUAUUAAGACGAUAGAGAUGUAACAUGACCAAAUGAAACAUUUGCUUUAAAUAAACAA